UAACUACUUCCUUCCUAUCGAAGAAAUCCUCCACAAAUAUCCGUCCCUUCCUCUUCGCCGCAUCCGCGAUCGAGAUGCACGAGACCGAGCAACACGACCUCUCCGACGACUCCGACUACGCCGCCGCCUCCCGGCAUCACGCGCCGGGGGGCAUAAUGAGGACCGAUUCGGGGAAGAGCACCGCGAGCGAGGCCGGAGGAUCCGAGGUCCUGUACCUGAAGGACAACGUCGCUAUCCACCCCACGCAGUACGCCUCCGAGCGCAUCAGCGGCCGCCUGCGUCUCUACAAGCAGGGGUCCUCCUUGUUCUUGUCUUGGAUACCCUAUAAGCCAAGCACUGAUGGGGCAGUUGAUUCUUUAGGGCACGGAUCAAGUUCGAUUCCAGUGGAAAAGGAUAGGAAUCUCUACACCAUCAAAUCGUUGCCAGUAAGUGAUGUCCAUUCCAUUCGAAGGCACACUCCUGCCCUUAGCUGGCCAUACAUAAUUGUGGUUCUUUCAUCAGGCCUCGCAUAUCCUCCUUUUUAUUUCUACAAUGGUGGGGUCCGAGAAUUUCUUGCUACUUUGAAGCAGCAUGUUUUUAUUGUGAGGUCUGCGGAUGAUUCGAAUGUUUUUCUUGUGAAUGAUUUUCAGGACCCCCUUCAGAGAACCCUGUCAUCCCUGGAGCUGCCAAGGGUUGUGUCUGUUGCAAAUAGAGCAUCUCGACACAGAUCAGACCUUUCCAGUUCUUCAUUCGAUGAUUCAGAAAGACUAAAUGGAGCCCCAUAUGAUGAAACUGCGAGCACCUCUGAGUAUUCUGCUCGGCAAAAAAAAUUUCAUGAUCCUGCUCGAGAUAUCUCUAUCCAAGUUUUGGAGAAAUUUUCACUAGUUACUAAAUUUGCCCGUGAGACAACCUCUCAUCUGUUCCGUGAAAGUCAUAAUGAUGGCCUUAAUGCCUAUGAGAAAAAGCAGCAAACUGAUUAUGGCUCUCUUAAGCCAAUUAGUACAUCUGAUGACAAGAAAAAAGAUUCCAAUGUGAUUCCAGUGGCCGCAGAUCCUUUGGAGGUAAAUAAAUGCAGCUUGGUCUAUCUUAAAGGAAGAGAACCUCCUAAGUUCUUGUGGCAGUGGGCUGCUUUUUUGGAUUCUGAAGGACGGAUUCUUGAUUCAAAAGCAUUAAGAGAGAGAAUAUUUUAUGGUGGAGUUGAUCAGAAUAUACGAAAAGAGGUAUGGAAAUUCUUGCUGGGAUACCAUGAGUAUGAUUCAACAUAUGCUGAGAGAGAAUAUCUUACUUCAGUUAAGAAAUCCGAGUAUGAAGUUAUAAAAUCCCAGUGGCAGAGUAUCUCAGCUGUGCAAGCUAAAAGAUUUACAAAAUUCAGGGAACGGAAAGGCCUUAUUGAUAAGGAUGUGGUGAGAACAGACAGAUCUGUUGCUUACUACGAAGGGGAUGACAAUCCAAAUGUAACAAUUUUGCGUGAUAUACUAUUGACUUACUCUUUCUACAAUUUUGACCUGGGUUACUGUCAGGGGAUGAGUGAUUUUUUGUCACCAAUAUUAUAUGUUAUGAAGGAUGAGGCCGAGUCCUUUUGGUGUUUCGUAGCACUGAUGGAGCGUCUCGGGCCCAAUUUUAACCGUGAUCAGAGUGGCAUGCAUUCCCAACUCUUCGCAUUGUCUAAGCUGGUGGAAAUUCUAGACAGCCCUUUGCAUAACUACUUUAAGCAGACAGAUUGUUUGAAUUACUUCUUUUGUUUCCGCUGGAUUCUUAUACAGUUCAAAAGGGAAUUUGAAUACGAUCAGGUUAUGCAUUUGUGGGAGGUCUUGUGGACACACUAUUUGUCAGAGCACCUCCACUUGUACAUGUGUGUUGCGAUUCUGAAAAGUCACCGAAAGAAAAUUAUGGGCGAACAGAUGGACUUUGAUACCCUCUUGAAAUUUAUUAAUGAACUAAGUGGCAAUAUUGAUCUUGAUUGGACUAUAAGGGAGGCAGAGGCUUUAUGCAUCUGUGCUGGAGAGAAUGGAGCUGCUUGCAUUCCACCAGGGACUCCCCCAUCCUUGCCUAUUGAGCCAGACAUGGGACUUUACCCCCAGGAAGACGAAGUUCUGUAGAACAUCUUGCUCCCCAACGAAUUAAACACAACUCAUAUUGCUUUAAUUGAUAAUUCCGGUUGUCCCAUAUGUUGAGAUGCUUUUAGCACGGAACAAAACACAAUGUAAAUGAAUAUCUUUGGAAUUCAUGCUUCAUUAUAUUGUUGGCCUCUUAAAGUGAGUGUUGAUUCA